AUGUCGAGUACUGAAUUUUCCGACAAACAAAUAAGAAACAAUCAAAAUUUACCAAAUCUAUUGAAGUCGUACAUGAGUAAAAGUAGAGAAUUGGAGGAGAAAAAGAAAAAAGUAUUAAAACAAAUCGAAAUGAUGGACGUGGCAAUAAAAACGUGUAAGGAAAAUAUAAAGAAAACGGUACCGGAAGUAACGAAAAAAAGUUCUUCGACGGUUCCCAGAUUGAGCGAAAUAGAAGAAGAUACGAAAAAGAUAAAAGAAGAAACGAAAAAAUUACAAGAUGAAAUAAAAAUAAAAACGGAAGAAAAUAAAAAAUUACAAGAUUUGGUUAAUCAGUUGUCUGUUUUCAAAGAUGAGAAAACAAACGCGACAAUCGAAUAUUUAGACGAUAUGGAAGAAAAAGAAAAAUCUAAAGUAGUCCAAAAAGUUUUCCCAAAAACAAAUAAUAAUAAUGUUAAAAAUAAAGAUUCGAAUAUGAAAAAAUUUAACGAUAAGGUCAAAAGGUUAAAAGAACAAGAAGAAAAAUUAAUUAAAAAAACGGAAGUCGAUGCGAAAUUAAUGAAAGCUAAAGCGGAUACGCUUAAGAAAAAAAUUGAAAAAUUAGAAAACGAUACGGAAAAUAAUAUAAAAUUAUUGAAAAUAUUAAAAAGGAAUCAUAUGAAAAAUCAUUGA